CAGAGUCUCAUUCUCCACAACGCUGUGCAGUCCAGUCCUGUUUGGCUGUGUCACUGUGUGUGGCGCCGUGUAUGUGUAGCUAGGGCUAGUGGUGUAGCUAGCGCCUUGUACAAGCUAGGACUAGUGCUUCUCCAGUCCUCCUCUUCUCCCUCUACCUAGCUUGCUUCUGCUAUAAAGGGCGCCGGCGGAGGCAGGGUAUUCGAUAGGGAGGGAGGCGAGAUGACUCGAUCAAGGCCGACGACCACCAUGGGGGGAUCUGUGCCAGACCACCACCACCAGCAGCACGACGGGGAGGUGGACGGCGGGCAGCUGCAGCACGGCGGCGAGCACGUGGAGACGGUGAUGCCCGGGUUCCGUUUCCACCCGACGGAGGAGGAGCUGAUCGAGUUCUACCUCCGUCGCAAGGUGGACGGCAAGCGCUUCAACAUCGACCUCAUCGCCUCCGUCGACCUCUACCGCUACGACCCAUGGGAUCUCCCCGCACUGGCGUCGAUCGGGGACAAGGAGUGGUUCUUCUACGUGCCUCGGGACCGCAAGUACCGGAACGGCGACCGGCCGAACAGGGUGACGCCGUCGGGGUACUGGAAGGCCACGGGGGCGGACAGGAUGGUGAAAGUCGUGGAGGGAAACCGCUCCAUCGGCCUCAAGAAGACGCUCGUCUUCUACGUCGGCAAGGCACCCAAGGGCCUCCGCAGCAGCUGGAUCAUGAACGAGUACCGCCUGCCACACGGUGAAACCGAACGGUACCAAAAGGUAACCCUAGUAAUUUUUUCUUGAGUAUAGGUACUACUA